AUGGAGGUGGUGCUGUCAUCGCGCGCCAAGCUCAAGCCGGCAGCCAAGGGCCCCGCCACAGACGGCGUGAUCACCAUGACCCCCACGUGCUUCUCCUGGGUGCCAGCCAACCCAUCGGCAGCAGCAAGGCUCGACGUGCCUCUUGCCAGCAUCAAGUCGCACAGGUGGAGCAAGGAGACGCCCUCGGCCACCACAGCGCUGCUCAAGUUCAGCCCCCAUGCCGACCCUGCUGCGGAGGGCGGAUACAUGUUUGUCUUCUCCUCGUUCGCUGAUCGUGACAAGGCCAGAGAUGUCUACAGUGCCUACCAGGCCAAGUACCAGAGCACGUCAGCACCCGCCUCCGCCCCCACGCCAUCCACUCCUCCGCCCACCGCUCUCUCCGGCUCCGCCUCUCCACUCCUCCCCCCUGCUCAUCCCGCUGCCGCUGCCGCUGCCGCUGCUGCUGCCGCUGCCGCUGCUUCUGCAGCUGCUGCAGCAGCUGGAGGGGUGAGCGCGGGGGCGGUGCGUGGCAUGGCGCCUGGGUUGCCGGCCGGGCUGCCUGGUGCGAUGGCAAUGGAGCUGCUGGAUCCGGCAGAGCUGCAGCGCCGGCAGAAGCUGCUGCAGUCUGAUGCCAAGCUAAGGCGGCUGCAUCAGGAGCUGGUCAUGACGGGCGCUCUCACCGAGUCCGAGUUCUGGGCCGCCAGGAAGGGGGUGGAGGAGGAGCGGAGGAAGCGCAAGCAGCGGGUGGGCGUGGCGAGUGCCAUGCUGGCAGACGUCCGAGGCGUCACUGAUGGCCGGAGCAACACCAUCACCUUCAACCUCACACCGCAGAUCAUCCAGCAGAUCUUCCUGGAGAAGCCAGCGGUGCACCGCGCCUUCAUGGAGCUCGUGCCUGGCCGGAUGACGGAGAAGGCCUUUUGGGGCAAGUACUAUCGCGCGGAGUACCUCUUUCGCACGCGCAACGUGGCGGCGGCGGAGGCGGAGGCGGCGGAUGAUGACGAGCUCGCGCUCUUCGUGAGGGACGACCCGCACCUGCACGCCCAGGCGCGCCAAAAGGUGCAGCGGGUGGACCCAACGCUCAACGUGCUGGCGGACGUCAGCGACGACUACUCCUCCCUGCUCGGCCACGGCAUUCUGAGGGAUGGGCGCAAGGAGGCACCAGCUGUGGAGGGCGAGGGCGAGGGCGAGAAGGAGGGCACAGCAAGGCAGGAGGGGGCAGGGGCGGGCGGGCAGUUGGGCAGGAGCAGCAGCGCUGGUGGCGCUGCUGCUGGUGCCGGUGGUGGUGGUGGCAGCAGCGGUGCGGGGGCGGAAGGGCAGGUGCGCAUGAGGCGCACGAUAUUCCGCGACAUCAACCAGCACGCCGCUGUCGUGCUGCAGGGCCGCCUGCUCCGUGAGUGCCCCCGCCCCCCUGUGCUUGCUCCCCCGCCUCUUCCCCAUCCCCCGUCUCACACGAAGGAGGACGUGGCGGACACCAGGGAGCUCGCCACUGCCGUCGCCGAGGCCACGGCCCUCCAGGCUGGCACGGCAGGGGAGCAGGGGGCGGAGGAGGAGUGGCGGAGGGAGAGGGCGCGCGAGAUGGCCGUGAUGGCGGACCUCCGAGGGGACGCCCCUGCCACCACCAUCCCGCUCACCAUCCAGGACCCACGCAAGUACUUUGAUGCCGCCACGCAGAGGGACACAGCGCACACACAGCAGCAAGCGGGCCAGGCACUUGCGCCAGAUGCAAUGGAUCUGGACGGCCCUGCACCCGCCGCUGACUCAGCGCUAGCUGGCACACGCACCACACUGGCAGCCUCGCUGGCAGCGUUUCGGAGUGAGCUGGCAGCGGGGGGGAGCGGAGGCAGCAGCAGGGAGCACGGAAAACGGGGUGGGGGAGGCAAGGGAGGUGCAGCGGCAGUGAUGGCGCCUGCUGCUGCUGCUCAGGAGGUGGAGGAGUUUGGGCGGCAGGUGGCGGUGGCGAGGCGGGGAGUGGGGGAGGCGGCGGAGCAGUCGCUGCUGAAGCAGCUGCCCGACGCCCUGCGCACCUCCCUGCUCGCGCACGGAGAGGCAGUGAAGGAGCUGCUCUCACACUUCUGGGCCACCUACCCCCUCACCAGCGCUGCCCUGCUCGCCAAGGUACGCACAGAACCCCUCCCCACCCCACCGCACCAACCCUUGUGCCCGCCUCAUCCCGUCGUCCAUGCUGCUCCCUCUGCCUCCUUUCACCUCAUCGCGUCACCUCCCAUGCGCCUCACCUGUCAUGCACCCCACCUCCCCUCUCCCACCCACCAUGGUGGCCAGGCGGAGCGGCACAAGGAGGGCAUCAGCAAGCUGUACGACCGCCUGCAGGUCACCCACGCCCUCCCUCUCUGCUUCUGUUGCUGCUUUCCCCUCUUCCCUCUGUUGCUCUGCUGCUUCUUCUUGCCCCCUCUUCUUCCCCUUUCCUCGUCACCCAACACCCAUCAACGCUUUUCUGUGUUCCCCCUCAUCUUCUCCCACCCUCCGAGUGCAGAAACUGAAGGAUGGAGCAGACGGGGCCAACCGCCACCUGCUUUCACAGCUGCUACAGCCCUUCUUCCAGGUGCACUUGCUGCUACAGCCCUUCUUCCAGGUGCACUUGCUGCUACAGCCCUUCUUCCAGGUGCACUUGCUGCUACAGCCCUUCUUCCAGGUGCACUUGCUGCUACAGCCCUUCUUCCAGGUGCACUUGCUGCUGCAGCCCUUCUUCCAGGUGCACUUACUAGCUGCUCUCCUCCAUUCUGCCUCUCCUUCCUAUAUUCUUCCGUCCAGCAGCCUCCGUCCCCCCUUUUUGGCCCCACCACCUGA